UAGCAUAAUUAAUAAACGACAGACCGCGAAGACAGAUAAGCUUGCCAUGCUUCAGCAUCUCCUACAGCUGUGGGGCAGCCCUGUGCGUGCGUUUGGUUUUAGCUGAUAACAAUGGUUGACGGUUUACAAGUUUAAAUACUAGCAGUUAUUAUUAUCAAACGGAGAAUUCAGCGUUAUUUGUCAGUCUUGUUUACACUUUUCAGUUCAAUGAACUGAGACCGAACUUUGUAUAAAUGGGAUAUCAGCAACGCCGGAUCGAUAUUCUAGUAAUAAGGGAACACUUAUGUUAAUAAUCUGUCACAAUUGAAAUCAUAUUCUGAAUAGCAAACCAAGGCAGCCACAACACCUACAUUGUUCACAAAACAAUUGGACCGAACUCUAAACUGGUGAGCUGCAUGUGAUGUCCACACGCAUGUGAUAGGUACGUGUUAGCAUUUCAAUACUUCUGUUGUGGGUCAGGUCUCGAGAGAUAUAAUUCGUCACAUCUGUUGCAGGUAUGGUAUUGAGAGACGCAAUGUGCCACAUCUAUUGCAGUCCUCAAAUACAAGACCUCUUCAAACCUAGAAGUACCACGUGAUAUGUAAGUCAUGUCAGCACAUGACGACUCCACUGUACACGAGACAAGUUUCACAACGUUCGGUGAUGAUGUUGGAAAAAAAGACGGGGGUUAUGGUAGCAUAGGUCGCACUGCCCCUACUCCUGGACGACCUCGCUACGUGGCCUUGGAGGUCGUAGGACUCCUGUUCUUCACCAACACCUACUCUCUGAUAUCCCAUCAACAGUUCUACCUCCGCGAGAGGGCAAAGCUGGAGUAUGAUGUGAACCAUCUCAACGAGAGCCUCAUGAAUAACAACACAGAUCGAGAGAACACCAUACAAGCCAAAGCUACUACUGAUUUGAUUGUCAUAACUCUAUGUCUGAUCCUACCUGCUAGUUUAACUGCUCUCCUGAUGGGGGGACUCUCGGACGUGUUUGGACGGAAGAUGCUAAUGUAUCUCUCACUAACUGGGGCAAUGAUUUAUUGUAUCAAUAUGAUUAUUGUUGUUCGGUUCAGUUUAAGCGUCUACUUCUUGUGUAUAGGAGCGGUGUUACAUGGAUUGGGAGGUUUCUUUGCAACAAUGUUGACAGCUUUGUUUAGCACUGUAGCGGACAUCACUGAACCAGGGGAUAGGAGAUCAUGGCGUAUGAUUCUGCUCUCCUUCAUCCUGUUCCUGGCCUCUGCUCUUGGAAUGUCUAUUAGUGGAGUCUGGAUUGACAGAGCCGGCUACCUACAACCACUGUACCUCAGUAUUGCUCUCUGCAUUGCAUCGCUUUUUGUAGUCAUAAUUUUCAUUCCAGAAACUCACCAGGCGGCGAAAUCAAAAUAUGUACUGAAAGAAAAUUUAUCCAUUAUUAAACAAGGAUUUAACUUUUACUUCGCCCCGUCAAAAACCCGCACGUUAGUCGGUUUGUGCCUCGUGACAUUCAUCACAUCUUUUUCUGUGGACUUUACGAAACAGAUGAUCCUGAACCUGUUCCUUCUUACCCGCCCCUUCUUCUGGUCGACGACCCAUAUCACUCUGUACUCUGCCGCUAGGGUGUUGCUGUCUUGGUUCGUCAUCUUACUGACGACAGGGUGUCUCAGACGAGUCAUGUCCGCCAUCAGCCUUGCUCUCGUUGGUGUCCUGUCAAACAUCGUGUCACUUGUCCUCAUCGCGGCCAGCACCAACGACCCCAUGAUAUAUAUAGCGGGUGUGGCGGGCGUAUAUGCCCAAGCAACGGGCCCUUUAAUGAGAGGGUUUAUGUCUAGUCUCGCAAGUCCUGACCAGCAAGGUGCCAUGUUUUGUGUGAUUGAUCUCAGCGAGAUGGUCUCGACUGCAGUGUUUACAGUGGCCGGAGGUCUGAUCUACGAGGCAACACUAGCGAUAUUUCCGGGCUUUGUAUUCAUUGCACUCGCUCUCAUCCUACUCUUUGUUGCCGUGGCUCUGUUCAUCGCCAAACGACUCCAGGACCGCAAGGGAGACGGAAGCAUAGAUUAGAAGAUAUGUCCAUCCUCCGUAUAAAUACAUGCAUGUUGAAUAACGGAAAACGUCAAACGAAGAUGCUCAUUCUAAUGAUAAAUCGUUACCAUGGAAAAUCCUGGUUAUAAAACAACAUGAAUAUCCGUAAAGAGAUAUCCGGAAAAACGAUGAACAAGAAUAUCUACAGAUCUUGUAAUAUUUUGCCUGUUGUCAUUAAUCAUGCAGUUAUAUUCGACACUGAAAAUAAAGUAUACAAUUGUAAAAAUUAAACUUGACAGUUGUAGGAUCUAUUAUAUGUAUGAACUUACAAUAUUUAUUUAGAUAAUUAGUUGGAAGUUUAAAUAA